UGAAAAUCCUCCGAGAUGGCCGAGAAGAGCAAAGUCCUGGUGAUCGGCGUCACUGCGCUCAUCGGAAAGUUCGUCGUGGAAGCGAGCGCUAAGUCCGGUCACCCUACCUUCGCUCUCGUGGGGCCGUCCAUUCCGUCCAACCUCGUCCAAGGUUUCAACAGCUUAGGCGUCCAUUUAGUUCACGGAGACAUAAACGAUCCAGAGACUCUAUUCAAUGCGAUUAAGAAAGUUGAUGUGGUAAUCUCCACUGUUGAGACACCACUACAGGUCCAAUACAUGAUUGUUGCUGCCAUUGCAACAGUUGGAAAUAUAAAGAGAUUUUUGCCUUCAGUGUUUGGAAAUGAUGUGGAUCGUGCCCGUGCUGUGGAGCCAGCAAGAACAUUUUAUGCAGCUUUUUAUACUGGCAUCCGCCACCUUCUUGAGGAGGAGGGAAUCCCGUAUACCUUUGUGUCUUGCAACUUUCUUGCCGGUUGGCACCAUUCGACAUUGGCACAGCCCGGGGCUACAGCUCCCCCUAGAGAUAAAGUUGUCAUCUUGGGGGAUGGUAAUGCAAAAGUGGUGUUUAACAGGGAGGAUGACAUCGGCACCUAUACCAUCAAAGCUGUGGAUGAUCCGAGGACCUUGAACAAAAUUCUGCAUAUCAGACCUCCUGCCAACACCUACUCGAUGAAUGAUCUAACGUCUUUGUGGGAGAGAAAGAUCGGCAAGACCCUGCAGAGGGUUUAUAUUCCAGAGGAGCAAGUCCUGAAGAUCAUUCAAGAUGCGGGACCUCCAGCUGAUCUGAUGUUGGCCAUAUCCCAUUCUGUUUUCGUGAAAGGAGACCAAACCAACUUCGAGAUUGAGCCAUCAUUUGGAGUGGAAGCUUCGGAGCUCUACCCGGAUGUCAAAUACACCACCGUGGAUGAGUACCUUGAUCAGUUUGUCUGAUUGUCAAAACUUACUGUGCUUGGUGAUCUGAUAUCCCACAUCAACUUGGAAUCAUAGAUAGUAUAGUUUUCCGCUUCUGAGGAUCCUAGCGUGAAACGCCGCUCUCGCUGAUCAUCUCACGGCAUGUACAACCUCCAAACAUUAAGGACAUACAUACUAGGAAUACUGAAUAUGUGCUCAUCUGUGCUGUGCUUGGCGAAGUUACUUCUCUUUUG